ACUUCCGGUAGUUAUACACGUGAUUCCCCGCCUUCUCACUACAUAACAUAGACCAGUGAUUGUUAUGAAACGUAAACAUUGAACUGUGCUCACACAGUGUGGCCGUCUGUAGAGUAACCGACAGGACUGUUUGUGUCAGAAAUGUCCAUUUACAGGAACGCUGUUUGGUUCGUUAAAGGACUUCAGGAGUACACAAAGAGCGGCUUUGAAGCUGCAGCCAAGCAUUUUGCUGCAGCAGACCUGGAUGUAAAUCUGAGUGGGAGGUCCUUCGUGAUCACGGGGGCCAACAGUGGGAUAGGAAAAGCCACAGCGCAGGAAAUCGCUAACAGAGGAGGAACUGUUCACAUGGUGUGUCGAAACAAGGGACGAGCAGAAGCAGCCAGAGAUGAAAUCGUGGAACGGAGUAAAAAUGAGGACGUUCACGUCCAUGUUGUUGACAUGUCCAGCGCGAGACAAGUGUGGGAGUUCGCCCAGAGCUUCUCACAGAACAACACUGUACAUGUGCUGAUAAACAACGCAGGCUGCAUGGUGAACCAGAGAGAGCUCACAGACGAGGGUUUGGAGAAGAACUUUGCCACAAAUACACUCGGUACAUACAUCCUCACCACAGCACUGAUACCUGCACUGAAGAAGGCUGAAGACUCCAGAGUGGUCACCGUGUCGUCGGGCGGCAUGCUCACACAGAAGCUGAACGUGGACGACCUCCAGUUCGAGAAGGGGACGUUUGAUGGCACCGCGGCCUACGCUCAGAACAAAAGACAGCAGGUGAUUCUGACAGAGCGAUGGGCUUCUCAGCACAAAGAGAUCCACUUCUCCUCCAUGCAUCCCGGCUGGGCCGACACACCAGCUGUCCAGACGUCCAUGCCUUCAUUCCACGCCAAGAUGCAGUCCAAGCUGAGGACGGAGGCCAUGGGGGCGGACACCGCCGUGUGGCUCGCUGUGUCUGCAGCCGCCACGAAGCAGCCGAGCGGACUCUUCUUCCAGGAUCGUAAAGCGGUGGCGACUCACCUGCCGCUGGCCUCGUCCAGGUCCACACCACAGGAGGAGGAGAAGCUUCUGACAGCACUGGAGGAGUUCGCCCUCAAGUUCAAACCUUAACACCUCAACAAUUACUAAUGUUUACAUAAUUAUACUUUUAAAAAAGAUUUUUCACUGAUACUUUGAUUAAUUGCUGGAAAGAAACUCUGUGUCCUGAGGUUGUUUUCAAGGAAGAAGAAUCUUGUACAGUUGUUCAGGUCAUUUCGAUGGAUGGUCAGGUUUAAGUUUUAAUUAUCAAAUAAAAUGUAUUUAUCCAUAUGUCUUCUCUGUCUGUACCCAUGUGUGUCAUGUCUGGAAGAGUGCAGCUGACCCGCUGCGUUAGCCCAGUGAGCUCACAGACAGUAUACAGUACAUCAUGUUGCAGUACCCACUGCGCUCAGUGUUAUCAGAUCCACACAGUCGCUGCUACGUGUUUAUCUGUGAAUCCACAUUGAGACAUUACUGUAUUUCACAAUCAUAUU